AUGGCCGACGGCUUGAAAAUGGGAAACCUUUCCCUCAACGAAUCCCAGCAUGCGCCUCAACCCGCCAACCCUGGCCGCGCUGCUUACAUCCCUCCCCAUCUUCGCCAGCGCAACACCGGUAUGAACAUGGACGGUGCUACUCCCCCGCCGGGCCCCAGCUCUUUCUCUUCUAGAGGUGGUGGCCGUGGCGGCAACUGGGCUAAUGCCAACGACUUCUCUCCCCGUGGUCCCAAUGGCGGUGGCUACGGCUCAAGCUCUGGCUCCGGUACCCAGGCCAGAGGAUCCGGCGACGGUCAGUGGCGUGACGGCAAACAUAUCCCUGGACCCCCCAACCCCCGUUUGGAACGCGAGCUUUUCGGACUCCCCAACGACCCGUCCAAGCAGAACACCGGUAUCAACUUCGCCAACUACGACGAUAUUCCCGUGGAAGCCUCCGGUACCAAUGUCCCCGAGCCCGUUAACGCCUUCACCAACCCUCCCUUGGAUGACCACCUCAUCACCAAUAUCACCCUCGCCGGUUACGUGACUCCCACCCCGGUCCAGAAGUACUCCGUCCCUAUUGUUAUGAACGGCCGUGAUCUGAUGGCGUGUGCCCAGACCGGUUCCGGAAAGACUGGUGGUUUCCUAUUCCCCAUCCUCUCCCAGGCUUACCAGAAUGGACCCUCUACCGCGCCCGCACAGGCGCCUGGUCAAUUUAGCUACGGCCGCCAGCGCAAGGCCUACCCCACCUCGCUCAUCCUGGCCCCCACCCGUGAACUUGUCUCUCAGAUCUUCGAAGAAGCCCGCAAGUUCGCCUACCGCUCGUGGGUUCGCCCCUGUGUCGUCUACGGUGGUGCCGACAUUGGCUCCCAACUCCGCCAGAUCGAGCGUGGCUGUGACCUGCUCGUUGCUACCCCCGGUCGUCUGGUCGACCUCAUCGAGCGUGGCCGUAUCUCGCUGAUGAACAUCAAAUACUUGAUUCUGGACGAGGCUGAUCGCAUGUUGGACAUGGGUUUCGAACCCCAGAUCCGUCGUAUUGUUGAGGGUGAGGACAUGCCGCGCGUUGAUGACCGCCAGACCCUGAUGUUUUCGGCGACCUUCCCUCGCGACAUCCAGAUGCUGGCCCGCGACUUCCUUAAGGACUACGUCUUCCUGUCUGUCGGCCGUGUUGGUUCUACCUCCGAGAACAUCACCCAGCGUGUCGAGUAUGUUGAGGACCACGACAAGCGUUCCGUGCUGCUCGACAUUCUGCAUACUCACGGCACCACUGGUCUCACCCUGAUCUUCGUCGAGACCAAGCGUAUGGCAGACACCCUGUCCGACUUCCUCCUUAACCAGCGUUUCCCGGCUACUGCCAUUCACGGUGACCGUACCCAGCGUGAGCGUGAACGCGCUCUGGACAUGUUCCGCUCUGGUCGCUGCCCUAUCUUGGUUGCCACUGCUGUUGCGGCUCGUGGUCUCGAUAUCCCCAACGUCACCCACGUCGUUAACUACGAUCUUCCCACCGACAUCGACGACUACGUUCACCGUAUCGGUCGUACCGGUCGUGCGGGUAACACCGGUAUCGCUACCGCCUUCUUCAACCGUGGUAACCGUGGUGUCGUCCGUGACCUGAUUGACCUCCUCAAGGAGGCUAACCAGGAGAUCCCCUCGUUCCUUGAGAGCAUUGCUCGUGAGGGCAGUGGCUACGGCGGUCGUGGCGGUCGUGGCGGCCGUGGUCGUGGUGCCAACGCUACCCGUGAUAUGCGUCGUACUAUGGGCGGCGGCUUUGGUGCUGCCCCUAGCUACAGCAGCGGUGGUGGCUACGGAUCUGGCGGCUACGGCGGCGCUAGCUAUGGCGGCGGUGGCUACGGUGGUGGUGCUCCGUCUUAUGGCGGCUUCGGCGGUGGCUACGGCAACCCGUCUGGCCCUACCGGUCCCUCUUCCUGGUGGUAA